CUUGGGCCGCGCUCUGCAGCCGAGCUGGGGCCGCGCCGCCGUCGCCUGGCCGGGGCCGGAGCGCGGUGAUCGGCCGGAUGGAGGCGGCCUACGUUUACCGCCUGGCGGCCGCGCUGGGCUCGGAACUGCAGCGGCUCUCGGAUCGCUUCGGGGCGGCCGCCCUGGCCGGGCUGGUCCCGCAGGUGGUGCGCCUCCUCGAGCUCCUGGAGACGCUGGCCGCGGGCGGGCUCGGCGGGGCGGCCGAACUGCUGCUGCUGGGCGCGCCGUCGGACGGGGAAGCGCCUGGCGCCGCCGCGGUCCAGCGCUCGCGGCAGGUGGCGGAGCAGCAGCUGGCCGAAGCCCGGGAGCGGGAGCGGCGCCUCCAGCUGGAAGAGGAGCAGCAGCGAGCCUUGAGCCGCCUGGCGGGGGGCCAAGCCCAGGAAGACGGCCCUGGCCACCGAGAGCGGGUGCUGAUGCUGCAGCUGAAGCAGGUGGUGGACCGGCAGCGGGACAAGAUCCGCGCUCAGGACCACGAGAUCCAGCGCAAGGCCUGGGACACAGAGGCGCUGCAGGAGCAGCUCAACCGCUUCAUGACCAUGAACGAGAACCUGCGCCGGAAGCUGGCCGUGGUGCAGGCCCAGCUCAGGAGCACCCUGGAGAGGAAGGGCGAGGCGGAGGCCCUCUGGGAAGCAGCAGAGCCUGCCAGGACUGGCACCCCCACGGAGCAGGAGGAGGGGGAUGUGGGUGGGGCUGCAGCCCCCCCAGAACACUCGCCUGACCAGCGCACCUUCUCGAAGGAAGAGCUGCAGCAGAUCCUGCAAGAACGCAACGAGCUCAAGACCAGCCUCUUCUUGGUGGAGGAGGAGUUGGCCUAUUACCAGCGGGAGCUGCUUAAUGGGGAGCGAGUCCCUGCCCUCCUCCUGCAUGCCGUGAAAUCUGCCAUCAGGAAGCAGCGCAAGAAAAUCUGGGCCAAGAUGCUGGGCACAGAAGAGGAGACGGCAGCGGGCAGUUUCAACCAGUGGUAUCGCAGAACCUCCCAGCCCAGCCCCACGGAAAGCAGGCCAGGAACCUGGGAGAUCAUCAACGCAGAAGAUAAUCCGGGAGGGGCCCGGCCAGAGACCACCCUGCCAAGCCUCUCGGGCGACGAUGCUCCCCGGCCCCUUUCCUCUUCUGCCCGGCCGGCUUCCUCAGGAAGACCCGCAGGAAACAAGCGAGGCGCUUCUGCGCGGAGGGUCGCGGCCGCAAGUUCUCCCAGCCGGGCCUCCGGGACGAUGGAGCGCCGCUGGGUUCUGCCGCCGCUGCUGCUGCUGCUGUUGCUCGGCCUGCCGGACCCCGGGCGCGGCUCCCCGAAGCUGGAGCUCGGGGGAAGGCACGUGUGCGUGGCGGAAGAUAGUCUGCCGCCCGCCCUCGUCUGCUGCCCGGGAUGGAAGCAAGUGGGGCCCGAGUGCCCCCUCGCCCUCUGCUUGGGCGCCGACGCCUGCCAGGAGCGGGAGAUCUGCGUUCGCCCGGCAGUCUGCCGCUGCCGCCCGGGCUUCUUCGGGGCCAACUGCAACGCCCGCUGCCCGGAGCAGUUCUGGGGCCCAGACUGCAAGCAGAGCUGCAGCUGCCACCCCCAAGGCAGGUGCCAUCCAGCCAGCGGAGAGUGCAGCUGCCACCUGGGUUGGUGGGGGCCACUCUGCCAGUCGGCCUGCCUGUGUGGGCAGCGAGGCCACUGCCACCCUGUCACAGGCACCUGCCGGUGUGAUCCAGGCUGGUGGGCCCCUGAUUGUCGGAGGCAGUGCCAGUGCAAUCGCUUGGGCUCCCGCUGUGACCCAGCCACCGGACGCUGCCUCUGCCAUCGGGGCUGGUGGGGCAGGCGGUGCGCCUCUCUCUGCAGCUGCAAUGGAUCGCCUUGCGCCCAGGAGUCCGGGCGGUGCGAGUGCACGGCGGGGUGGUGGGGGGCAGCCUGCCAGCACCUUUGCCAGUGUGUGCACGGCCUGUGCGCCCCUCAGGAUGGACGCUGUACCUGUGAUGCUGGCUACAGGGGCCCCAGCUGCACAGAGGCCUGCCCUGAGGGGACCUAUGGACUCCAGUGUGCCCAGAGCUGUGGCCACUGCAGAAACUGAGAGCCCUGUUCCCCCACGCAGGGGGCCUGCCUGGCCUGCGACCCUGGCUGGAACGGGACCCACUGCAGGCAGCCAUGCCCUCCAGGGCUCUAUGGAGAGAACUGCAGCCAGCCGUGCCCCCGCCACUGUCUCCAAGGAGAGGCUUGCCAAGCGCAGACAGGACGAUGCUGGAACUGCGAGGCAGGAUUCACGGGGGCCAGGUGUGAGGCCCCUUGUCCCCCCGGCUUCUUUGGGGAGGGCUGCCGGUCCCCUUGCCCCGACUGCUUCCAUGGGAGCUGUGAUCCUGGCUCUGGGACCUGCCUCUGCCAGCCUGGCUACUGGGGCACCAGCUGCAACCAGACCUGCCCGGAAGCCUCCCAUGGCCCCAACUGUUCUGCGGCCUGUCCCUGUGCAGGGGGAGCCUGCCAGCCCGUCUCCGGAGCCUGCCCACCGGAAGCCCGAGGCCGGGGGCUCCUCCUUGCAGGCAUCCUGGGGCCCCUCCUGCUCCUGCUCCUCCUGCUGGGCCUCCUCUGCUGCUGCCAGCGCUGCCGUGGGGCAGCCUCUGUGGUCAGGGCACCAGGGGCCGAGCGAGAUCUCUUCCCUCCAGUGAAGCACCGCCUGAUGGCCGGGCUGCCCAGCCUCCCUUCCGGCUGGCCCUGCUUCUCACAAGGGGGCUCGAAGCUUCCACGGGUGACAGUCGCCCACCGAGACCCGGAGGUCCCCUUCAACCCCAGUUUCAUCGAACCAACAUCCACUGCCUGGCCCUGGGACAGCUCCUUCGGCUCCUCCUCCGAGGGAGCCAACGAGGAAACGGGGGGCCGUCAAGAAGGGCCGCAGUCUGCUCCCCCUCCCAGGGAAGGUAGGAGUGUGUCCUUGCCAGAGGGCAGCCUUCUCCCCGGGGCAGCAGCGUUGCACCCCUCGCCCUUCGCCAUCCCUCGCACCUCCAGCCUCGCCAAGGGCAAGCGGCCCUCCGUCUCCUUUGCAGAAGGGACCCACUUUGGCCCUCAAAGCCCCAGGGGCCCCCCAGAGGCCCUCAACCCCACCCGGAAGCCCCGCCCGGCCUCCGAGAGCUCAGUCCAAGGAGCUCCUCCUCUGCAGGUCAACCGCCCCACGGGGGCCUCAUGCCACUCCCCGGGCAGAAGCUGCUACGAGAACGUGGCACCAGCUCCCUGGGAGGACGGUGGCUGGGCCCCUGCAGGCCACCAUCCUGGCAGCUCCCAGCACCUGGCGCAGAGAGCGGGGGCCCCGGAUGCAGCCACUGUGGAAGCUUGCGUCCAUGAGCCCAGUAUCAACACCAUUUAUGUGACCGUGGGCCAAGCCGGAAGGGGCAGCGAAGAACCCCCUCCGGCUGCCCAACAGCAUCAGGGGAGUGGGCAGGAGGCGGCUGCCCAGCCAAGAAGCCUGCAGAAGUUGCCUUGGAAGGCGCUGGAUGCUGCAAAGGGCACCUCAAGGAAGCCAGCCCCAGAGAAGGACCCCAGCACAGUGGGAGCUCAAGGCCUGCUGGCUCCUGACGAGCAGGUGGAUGCGGGAGGGAGCGGUGGCAGCCUGGAGCCGUGACCCCCACCCCCACCCCCAGAGGGGCACAGCCAGGGGAGCAGAUGUGCCCUGCCUCUGGGUUGGCCCCAGGAGCCCAGGUACGUCCAGCUGCCUCCCACAAACAAGGUGGGGGCGAGAGAAGCUUCCUGCGUGGAGGCGGCCAAUCCUGCCCUGUCCUAGAAGGGAGUGGGCCCCUAACCUUCAGUCCUUUAGGAGGCGUCCCUCGCCACUGAAGACGCUGAACCCGGAGCCUGCCUGGAGUGGCCUGAUGUCCACGGAGCCCUUCCUUUCUCUUUCGCUCAGAAAAGUCCUUGGCAACAGUCUGGCAUCUGGAUCGGUGCUUCUUUGGGUAUCCCUCAGUCGCUGCAUUGCCCUGAUAAAGCAACUGGCCUGGAACUGCGGGCACCUGCCACCCCUGCUGCCAACAGUUGGACUCUUUCUCUUGUGGAUACCCAGCCUUGAUAGGGUCUGGGGAGCUGCCAGUGGUGGCCAGCAGGGGGCGGUGGCCCUUGGCAGAACACAGCAGGAGUCUUGGGC